AUGGCCGCUCUUCCUCAACGCCUCUCACACCCCCCACUCCUCCCUUCCCCCCUUCCUUGUUACAUUGCAGGCCAUGCCCGAGGCAGAGACAGCCUUCUGGGCGUCGGUACUGCUGUCCAAGGCGUGGCCUCUCUUCCUCAACGACCUCGUCUCACCAAGCUCAUGCCCAAAGUCGCUCCCUGGUUCCUCUCCCGAUACAAGCCUCCCAUGCUCGUACGUCCAUCCGCCUCUACCUUCCCACCCGAUGCCGGAUGCUCUCCCAUGCUGCUCCAUCCCUCCAUGUCGGCGAAGGUGGAGGUGGUGAAGGCCAACUUCGGUGACACAGCGCCCGUCAUCACAUCCAUCAAAGCGUUCCGGGAGGAGGAGGCGGGCGCAACCAUGUGGCGACACCAUGUCAUGCCACACUACUUGCCCUUUACCCCCCUCUCUAUCGCCGCACGUCUUCCUUUCAUCACACCCGAAGCUGGAGGCGAGUGUGGAGGAGGCGGCGGCGUGUGCCAACAACAAAACUGUGCUGCCAGCACCGACCCCCUCGUUGCCUCGCCCCUUCAAUCUCACCUCACCCUCUCCAUGACCAGGAGCUGGAGGCGAGUGUUGAGACAACAUGAGUGUGCGAGCAGCCGCGAGCUGGAGGCGAGUGUGGAAUUGGUGGGGGCGGACAACUUGAGCGUGCAGGCGACUGCUUAUGUGGCGGGCAUGGGCAGCAUCCCCUGGACCGCCUACAUCACCGGCUGCAGCUCACCGGCACGAUGCGUGUGGGCUGCGCUUCCGCUGCUCGCUCGCCUUUGUGGAUGUGGUGACGGAUGCUGUAGAAGCGUCGUGAACGCCCUCUCUCUGCCUGCCUUCUGCGCCCUCCCCAUCCCCAUCCCCAUCCCUGCAGAUGCGAGUGGGACUGCGCCUCCGCUACUCGCUGCCUUUUGUGGACCGAUGCGGGUGGGGCUGCGGUUCCGGCGCUCGCUGCCCUUUGUGGACCGCGUGACGCUGAGCUUCGUGCGCCCCCCCCAGGUGUCGUGCGCCAUCAAGGUCAUGGGCGCCCUCGACGCCGCCAGCAUUCCGCUUGUGGCCUCCUAUGUGGAGUCUUGCUUUGCCUAUGUGUGCUAUUCCUGUUGCCCUUCCCAUCCCAUGGCCUUUCCCAUCCCCCUGGCAACGAGCAGGAGUACACUCUCCAAAACGCCCUCAAGACGUCCCUCUGCUGGGUACGUGCCCGUUGUCCCCCUACUCCUCACGCCCAUGACUGUUUCUUCAGACCAAACCCCCAACCGACUGGUGGUGGUGGACGCGGUGAGGGCAGCUGCCUUGGUGCUGGACCUCUUUACGUGUGUCAUCCCCUCAACCCCGUUCCCCCUCCACCCCACCCCAUCCAUCUGCAGCCCACCGGCUGGUGGUGGUGGACGCGGUACCCUCUCUGCUAUCUCCAAGAAAUUUCUUUCCAAGAAAGGCAAGGACGGUGCUGCCGCCUUGCCAGCUGUCGCCACGCUAUUGGUCGAAGUCAUGGAGGCAAAGGAUCUCCUGGCGGCAGAUUCGGGCGGCACAUCUGACCCCUACCCAAUGAUGCGAUCGGGCGGGCUCAGAUGGACAUUAGUGCGGUUUAGGGGGGCAGGGAGGAAGGAAGAGUGGUUGCCACUGGUGGACGGCGGAAAUGGAAAGAUCAGAGUGGCUGUAGAGGUGAAGGAGGACGGGGGCAUUGGUCCCAGCGGCAGUGACUCCGAUCCUGCUGGCCCUUCCGCUGUCGCUGCUGGUGGUAGUGCUGGUGGUGAGAGUGGUGGUGCAGCUGUGGGUGGAAGGGGAGUGGAGAGAGCAGCGUCAGACGCAUCAACAUGCACAUUAGAGUCGUACACUCACGACUCGCAAUCCGUGUCUGCUGCCUGCUCAGAGGAUGCUGCUCGAGUUGCUGCGCCCCACCACAGCCACAGCGCGCCUGCCAAGCUGGCACCUGCCAACACAGCAUGCACGCCUCAAGGGCCUCAUUCUUGCUCUUUGUCGGUGCUGCGGUUGGCUCAUACCAAGCAGGCACAUCCAAUCCAACCCCAUCUGAAAGGCUUCGUAAGUCCUCCGAAUAUUCCAUGUCCACCUCCCGCGACUUCCUGCCUCUUUUUUCCUCCUCCUGCCCCUCCUCUUCCCCUGUCCCUUUUUCCUCUUCCCUGCCCCUUUUUCCUCUUCCCUGCCCCUUUUUCCUCUUCCCUGCCCCUUUUUCCUCUUCCCUGCCCCUUUUUUCCUCUUCCCUGCCCCUUUUUCCUCUUUCCCUGCCCCUUUUCCCUCUUCCCUGCCCCUCCUCUUCCCUGUCCCUUUUUCCUCUUCCCUGCCCCUUUUUCCCUCUUCCCUGCCCCUUUUCCUCUUCCCUGCCCCUUUUUCCUCUUCCCUGCCCCUUUUUCCUUCUUCCCUACCCCUUUUUCCUCUUUCCCUGCCCCUUUUUCCUCUUCCCUGCCCCUUUUUCCUCUUCCCUGCCCCUUUUCCUCUUCCCUGCCCCUUUUUCCUCUUCCCUGCCCCUUUUUUCUCUUCCCUUCCCCAUUCCCCCUUCUCUCUGGCCCCCACACGUACGCUCUGCCCGCGAUGGAACGAAAAGUUUUCGCUGCCGUGAAGGAAUGGCCGCCUGCGGGCAGCCCGUUCCUCUUGAAGCUGAACAUUUUCGACCGUGAUAUGCUGACUCAGCACGACCCGCUAGGGAACGCUGCCCUCGAUAUAAUGUCGUUGAGGGAUGGUGCGAGGCACGCCCUGUGGGUGAAGCUGGAGAACGUGGCUACAGGGAGGGUGCAUGUGGCUGUGACUGUAGAGGAUCACCUUGGGCCGGCAGAGACUGAUGAUGAAGAGAAUGAGUCAGUGGAAGGAGGUGAGGAGGGUGGAGAUGGGAAAGCGGGGGUUAACUCUGCCCCCACCAGUGCCGGCAGUUAA